GCUUUCACUGUAUGAACAAAAGAGCUUCAUUUCAGUUCUGCUAAAGAUGGAAAGACAUACACAUCUUGGAUGGCUUAAAGAAGGACAGCACAAUACACCAGUGCAAUAUGGGGCGUGGAGUCCACUCAGCCGCAUAUAAAAAGCACUUUCAAGAAACAGUGUGGUUGAUUUGACCACACAGAUAGAUCUUUGAACAUGGCAGCAUUUAAGGCAGGCAAUGUCCUAAUAACUGGGGCCAACCGGGGCUUGGGCUUUGAAAUGGUCAAGCAACUCUUGGAGGUCCCCUGUCCAAAGUGGCAGAUUUUCGCCGGCUGCCGUGACCCAGAUGGGCCAAAGUCUGAGGCAUUGAGAGAACUGGUGAAAAAGCAUCCAAGUGUGAUCACUAUUAUAGGUCUCGAUGUUGCUGAUCCAUGCAGCAUUAAAGAGUCUGCCAAGAAAGUGGGUUCACUAUUGGGGAAGAACAGCCUGAACAUGCUGGUGAAUAAUGCUGCCGUGUUGGCAUCUGGCUCCAUGAUGACCAUUCCCGCUGAGGACAUGCAGAACACCUUCAACACCAACGUGAUGGGGCCGUUAUUAGUCAUUAGGGAGUACCUACCAUAUCUACAAACUGCAGCCAAAGCCAGAGGAACAUCAGGAAUGUCCUGUGAUAAAGCUGCUGUCAUCAAUAUCUCCUCUACAGGGGGCUCCAUAACCAGCAUGCCUUCCAUGUACACCCAAUUUCCAGUGUUGCCUUAUAGCGUGAGCAAGGCAGGUCUCAACAUGCUGACUGCAUUAAUUGCGGUGGAGUUAAAGCCAGAUGAGAUCCUCUGCAUGGCCCUUCACCCAGGAUGGGUUAGGACUGACAUGGGUGGAGAAGAGGUGAGUGUAGGAUCUAUAACCACAAAGUUGAUGUUUUUAAAGGCACCACUUGAAGCAAGAGAAAGUGUGGAGGGGAUGCUGCGUGUCAUUAGCAGCCUAACUGAGAAUGAGCAUGGUGGGUUCAUGGACUACACUGGACAAACUCUGCCCUGGUAAACCAAAAGAACACAGAUUUUGACAUCUGAGAGGACACCAAAGGGCUGAUCCAGAUCCAAACUGCCCUAUACUAUCACGAAAGUGCCUCCGUAAUCAUAGCACUUAAAGGCAAUACGUACUUAUGACAGACACAUUACAACUUUGCUUUAUACAGUUUUUCAUACAAUAAAAAAUCUGAAC